AUGUCUGAGGAAAAUGAGCCAUUAUUAAGUGUCGGGGAUGCAAGUGAUGGCAAAACAACUGGUGUAAGAGAUGGUUCAGCUAAUACUACAGCUACAGACAGUAAUAAAAAUAGCAUCAAGAGUAAUAUUAAUACGAAUAAGAGGCCUGAUAUAGAUGUAACGGCUCAGAAAUAUGUUCCAAAGCCCAACAAUGGUGGUUCUCGAGGAAGCAGUAGUGACGGAAAGGUAAAUUUAGAACAUGUACCCUUGAAGGGGAAUUCGAAGGUUGGAGCCCAACGUACUUCGAGGAAGGCUCAAAAGCUCAAACUAUUGCCGGAUGAGCCAUUUGAAAGGAUCACUGAAGAAAGUGAUCCACCAGAGAGAGAUGUCUAUUCUCAAGUGAAUCGAAUCACCGAUAAGCCUGCGAGGAGGGAUGCCGAGAAAUUAGGUAAAAAUCAGAGACACUUGUUGCCCAGAGUCACAGCCUAUUGUACUGCGAGUUUGUACAAGAUGAAAGAGCUUAUUAGGUGGCUUAAGGACUGCAAAAGACAGAAUCACACACAUCCGAAACUUUUCGAUGAGUGUUUGUACACACCGUUCAUAUAUACUGAUUGGAGAGGAGAUAAGCGAUUUGAACAUGAAGAUGUGAUACGAUUGGAUGAGGAAGGUGGGGAAAUUAGUACCAGCGAUAAACAACCGGACUUGUUUAUAUUUGAAUAUGGUGUAAUAGUGAUGUGGGGGUUCACAGAAAGGGAGGAAAAGGCCUUUUUGAGAGACCUCGAACGUUUUGAGAAGGAAAAGUUGGCAGAGGAAGAUGUUCAAGUGGAAGAAUUCAAUUACUAUAUUACACAGAGUUACCAACCUAGAAUUUACAACGAUUUUAUUACACUUCGUGAUGGUUCUAAUUAUAUGAUCAAGCUCUCCAUCUCGCAUGCUAUAGCGCAAAGUGUGAAGAUAUCGUUAUUCGAAGAAUUGGUUGAUAACACGAUUGAAGACACUCAAGAUAUACCUCAAGAAAUUGCAUGUAGCGGUAAAGUGUCGAUGAGCAAAGAGGAUAUUAUGAAGAGUAUUGGUGAGUUAUUCAUUUUGAGAAUAAACAUUAACCUUCACGGGUCUGUGUUGGACUCGCCAGAAAUUAUGUGGUCUGAACCGCAGUUAGAACCUAUCUAUCAGGCAACAAGAGGAUACUUGGAAAUCAAUCAAAGGGUUGCCCUCUUGAAUCAAAGACUAGAAGUUAUUAGUGAUCUUUUGCAAAUGUUGAAAGAACAGUUGGGACAUUCUCAUGAAGAAUAUUUGGAAUUCAUUGUUAUAUUGCUUGUGGGUGUCGAAGUAUUAGUGUCUGUAGUCAACAUCGUGGUUGAUAUAAUAGCAGAUAGGACCCAGAAAUAA